UCCGAGCCGCCCGAGAGGAGCGAGCGGGUCCGUCUCGUCUCGUCGUCUCUUCGCGCGUCGCGCCACUCUGCGUCGCGACGCACCGCCCCUCGUUUCUGUCCUCUCUCUCUCCCUCUUUUCCUCUUUUGCUCGCUCGCUCGCUCGCGGCUAGUUAGCCAAAGCAGGAUGACGUGAGGAACACGAUGGCGACUCCUAUGUGUGGAAACCACAUGAGGCGAGGUUUCUAGGGUCGUCGGGAGGGUUGGUGGGGAAUAGGACGAAGUAAGGGCAUUGAGAAGUAGAGAAGUAUUCAGCCUGGCAGAGCCUACGGCACAGCUGGCCGCUCCGUCAUCCCGGGUGCGCUUGCGCGAGCUGGAGGCGGGUCGUGUCAGAUGAUGACGUAAGUCGAAUCGCUGAUGUCAGGCAUGUCGCGAGGAGGUGAAACAUGCCUCGGUGUAGCCACCCCAUUGAGGGACACGUUCGCCGGUGACAGUAGCGUAGCAAGCAACCUUCGUCGUGCGAUCAGCUGCCUCUUCCUCGACUUCGGCGCUCGUCGACGUCAAAGAACGGAACGGCCGAGAACGGCCGAGCGUGGUUCCAGAGGUACCACGCUGGACGUUUCAUGUAACGAGGAAUCGGUUGACUACUGGUGGUUGCCGGCGCAGCGACGAAGAUCUGUGGAAAAAUCUCUUGAUCGUCCACGAUGACGAGCGAGAGACUGGAUCUGGACAAGCCCUUGUGGGAUCUCAGCAGUUUCGUGGGAAGAUGGAAAUAUUUUGCGUGGAUGACCGACUUCCGCACUUGCGUCGUGCCCGAAUCAGAAUUAUUAGCUGCUAAAACAUUAUGCGAACAAUACAGACUUGGCAAAGAACCAGCUGAUACGACCAGAGAACAAAUCAUCUAUGCGAAGAAGCUGUACGAGUCAGCCUUUCAUCCUGACACCGGCGACCUACAAAAUGUCUUUGGCAGAAUGUCUUUCCAAGUGCCAGGUGGAAUGGCCAUCACCGGCGCUAUGCUCCAAUUUUAUAGAACAACGCAAGCGGUGGUUUUCUGGCAAUGGGUCAAUCAAUCUUUUAACGCUCUCGUCAAUUACACCAACAGAAAUGCUAACAGUCCUAUAACCACCAACCAGCUAGGUGCAGCUUACAUCAGUGCCACCGUCGCGGCGAUGAUAACCGCGAUAGGAUGUAAAUCAUAUUGGGAGAAACGCGCAAGCCCUUUGAUGGCUAGGUAUGUUCCGUUCGCAGCAGUGGCGGCCGCUAAUUGCGCUAAUAUCCCUCUAAUGAGACAAAACGAAAUCAGUAACGGCGUGGAUCUCAUUGACGAAGACGGUAGAAAACUUACAAGAUCGAAGCUCGCAGCCAUAAAAGGCAUCAGUCAAGUCGUUAUUUCAAGAAUCGUCAUGUGCGCACCCGGCAUGCUUAUUCUGCCGCCUAUAAUGGAAAGGUUGGAGAAAUACGCGUGGAUGCAAAAAAUUAGACCUCUGCACGCGCCUAUGCAAAUUAUGAUGUGCGGAGUUUCACUAACGUUUAUGGUACCAACGGCAUGUGCGUUGUUCCCGCAAAAUUGUUCCAUCAAAGCAACAACUCUGCAGCGGUGGGAGCCAGAAAACUACGAGUUGCUGAAGAAGAAUUGCGAAGGCGGUGAAAUACCGAAAUAUUUGUAUUUUAACAAGGGAUUAUAAUGUUAUGAAAUUUCCUAGUUUUACGAAGCUAAUUGUCCUAAAUGAGCGUUAUUCCAUCCUUUGCAAAUGUUAUUGUUUCAAUUAACGCACUCGUGUGACAAAACUUUUCUGCUGGAUCAGAAAUGAAACAUGCGUUCAUAAUUAAUAGAAUUAAUAGAAUCGAUCCCUUUGUCAAUUCUUUCAUGUGAUCGAAAAUAUUGAACGUUUCACACGAAAUGUUAAUAACAAUGUUAGAAAUUAGAAUUUAGAUACAAAAUGUGUAAUACGAACAAAAGAGUAAAAUUUCGUCAACAUGUUGAAAUAUCAUGCAAUAAAUAGUCGAGAUUUGCAAUGCAAUAGAAACCAUAAAGAAUGAAGGAUAAAGCUUUGACAAUACAGGUUUAGUGCUUUAUCAAAGUUUAAUCACGUGUAAACACAAAAAUCUUAGUGAUAAUUUUGUUUUAAUAAGCACUCAAUGUGGUUGCUCUCAGGCAUCUCUCAAUUUGAAAGUUUUAUAUAUUAUAAAUGUUAUUUUUUUGUUCUGUGCAAAAUAAUCUUAAACACUGGAAAAUGUUACUUAAUAUUAAUCAUAUACUUAAUAUUGUUACUUAAUAUUGUUAAUAUUAUUUGCGUUACAUUUUCAACGUCUGUCGAAGAUAAAAAUGCUGCCAUAUGUAACGAUACGAUAAAAAACUUUGCUACAUAUGUGAUUAAUAAAAAAUACAAUGGUAUAUAUAGAGAAACAAUUAAGAUAUGAAUAAAGGUUGUUAAAUAAUUAAA